CAGACAGUCAGACACACAGACAGCAGUAAAUAUCAAAAAUGGCAGACAGAGACACAUCUGCUGAUCCUCACAAACGUACUAUUUAUCACGAGCUGCUCAGUCCAUCAGAGCUGUUUCAGACGAGAUCCCGAAGCCAUAAGAUCCCAUUGAAGGGCCAGAAAGACUUUAUUCCCAGUGGAUCAGAGCAGCAGAGAGCACAACUACAGCAGAGUCUGGACGAGCACUGGACACUGCUGGCAGAGGAGCGAGUCGAGAGACUAGGGAAUCUAGUAAAAGCUGUGUGGAUCCCUGAGGAACGAUUAGUAGAAUUGCAGUCACCAGCAGGGAAGUUUUGGCAGACGAUGGGUUUUUCAGACAGAGGCAAACAGUACUUGUGUCCAGAAGAGGCUCUUUACCUUAUGGAAUGUGGCAAUAUACAGGUGUUUUACCGGGAUCUUCCUCUGUCCAUUCAGGAGGGCUAUGAAUGCUUUCUUUCUUGUGACACCGUCACUCUUCACCAGUAUCAGGUUUUUGGACAUUUGAAAAGGCUUGGGUAUGUUGUGAACAGAUUUGACCCCAGUUCAGUCCCAUCCCGUUAUGAGAGACAGCUGAACCUGCCAGCAUCAUGUGACAAACACAGACAGCAGCUGAAAAGGAAGCGCUGUCAGAGUCCUGUCUCCAGUGAAAAAGGUAGCAUGUCGUCAGUGGAGAAGACAACAACUGAACACCAGAAUAAUGAGCAGUUUGAUACAACUCCAGAGCAGCAUCAAGAGGAGCCCAUGCAGUCUGCUCAAAAUCCAGCUCCACAUGAAACCUCUGAAAGGACAUGGUGGAUGGAAGGGGACAUUCAGUCUCCACCUUCUCAAGCCCAAACCUCAGCUCGUCGCUGGGACUUCAGCUCCAUCUCUUUCCCAGACCUGGGCUCUUCUAGGAGCUGCUCGGUCCACCUGGCCUCUCCAGACCCGAGCCUGCUGCCAGGAGCUCUUGAGGUGGGCGAGUGUGAUGUGGCUCCGUGGCUGAGGAGGCUCAACAUGAAGGAGGAGAGGCUGUCACGCCGAGACAUAGAACGGCAGAGAGCGCGAGAUCGAUACCACAGGGAUAUUAACAGUGACCGAGAGGUGCAGCGCUGCAGGAACUGGGUGGAGUAUUCUCAGCUGCUGGAGAAGAGGAGGAGUAAGCAGCAGAGAGAACGACCUGCCCACCUGUGGGAGAGGGAGGUGACGCCUCUAACUCAGCCUGGACAGUGCAACUCACACCGUGAACUGCUGGAUCAGAUUAGCGUUAUCAAGACUUCCAGCUGGCUUGAGUGUGUUUCCAUAAUGUCUCCGUCAGACCUGUGGAAGAUUCAUUUCAAUGUUUACCAACCAGACACAGUAGCAGAGUUUAAAAAGAGCAACCCUGGCAAGCCCUACACCCACAUGUGUGUUUGCAGUUUUGAUGGCCCUGUGCCAGAUCUACAUGUCAUGAAGCAGCUGUCCUUUCAAAGUGGAGAUGUAUCAGUGACUUUUGCUGUGGUGGACCAUGGAGACAUCUCCUUUUACUGCUUCAAGGAAUUUAAACUGCCCACUGAUGUGUAUUGAAGGAUGGUUUCUAAAGCAGCAAAGUUGAAAUGCAGUCUUUGGGACUGAAUAUAUAUAUAUAUAUAUAUAU